AUGGAGCAAGAGCAAUCACCAGUCGAGAAAAUCAGUGGAACUCCGACUUCCACAGCUUCUUCGUCGCUCACAGAACCAGACACGACUGCCCAAUCACAUACUCUUCUUAUGCCAGCCAUGUUCACUAACGAUUCGAUUGCUCCAAAUUCAAAUUCUGAUCAUCUCCUGAAAAAAGACGCCAUAAUGACUGGAUCCUUGUCUCAAAUUCCAGAAGCUUCCGGACUCUCGAUUACAAAUAUCGAAUCGUCUUUAAAUCUUGAGACCUCCACUUCCCUUGCUUUGCUUCUUGGUAACUCUGGCUCCUCUUCAAACCCGUUAAUCCCAUACACUUCACAAGAUUCUUCUGUUUGGUCGGGAAAUUCGACAAACUCAUCUAGUCCAGACAUCAUCGUCGAGAAAGUGAUUCCAAAAAAGCAAUUCAACACAUGGUGCCUCGAUCAUGAAACUGGCAGAGAGGCAUGGAUUUGCGAUGAAGUAAUCCAUUGGUUCUUAAGCAAGCUUGUCAAUAAUCAAUUCGCAUUUGUGGAUCCCUGCAGUUGGAAAAUGUACAAGAGACACGGAGUGGCGAGCAUCCAGAGAACCCUGAAUCCUUCCAAAAUGUAUUUGUCCCCAGUUUGUAGUUCUGCUCAGCCAAUAGUCGAUGCUCCUGCUCCAACUCGUCAAGAUCUCAAGCUCCCAUUGCAUACGGCGAACAUCUUGGACAAAAAAUUGACUAAGGCAAAAUCCUCGUUCGCCAAAGCUGACAAAGAGGUUAGGGAUAUCAGAAAAAGCUGUUUCGGUGAAGCUUCCCUCCAAAACAGCUACGCGGAUAAACGGAUCAAUGUGGAGGAGUACAACAAAUGGUUCAAAACAGCUUGGAUUUGGAAGAAAGAGAAGAUGAGUGAAGCUUAG